ACGUGAUCUACCGGUCAGAACCGAUCAAUACAUGAUGAUUUUGUCAUAUGAUGGACUUCAAAUAUUAAUUGAAUAACUACUAUAUUUGAUUUAUAUUACAUAAAAAAGCGCAACAUAUAGAGCUUAGGAAAAUGGGCUGUUGUUUUGGUAAAGACGAUGACAAAGCAAACAAUGAAAAUCAAAAUAACGAAACUAGUCGUCUUAUCAGCGAUUCAUCAUGUGAAAAUGGUGGAGUUAGAAUAGAUGGGUAUGACACUUUCUUCCCAGGAGAUGAACAAUCAGCGUAUAACAGAAUUGUAACUCAAGUAUCCAAGGAUGUAAUUGAUGUGUCGUCACUUCACGCUCCAUCUGUGGAAUAUUCUGACAUAGCCGAUAGAGAAAAACAUUAUAAGCAAAAAUUGAAUUUGGCUCUAGGAGGAAGCUUUAAGAAAAAGCAUUCUCUUAUUCCUGGAUGUAAGGAUCCUUAUGCCCUGUUGUCUGCCCGAGUAAUUAAUUUUACAGACUUGAACAUGAUUCAACAAGCGGCUUUAAACACAAAUGGUGCCGUAUCUGAUAUUCACAUAAGUCAUAAAGAAAGUCUAGUUGUACCUUUCACCGUUCCAUGA